UCUGCUUGGGCCUUCAUUGAAAACAGCUGUUGCUCAUGUAUCCUGUCAGUAAAGAAUAAUAAACAACCUGUUACUGUAAUGUAACACUACUGCCAUAAGGUGCUGAAUAUGGAAGUUCGCCCUAGUCCUGCACUGAAGGUGAAUGUACCGGACUAUGCUCAUUAUAUUGUUGGAGGCUGCAUCCUUGUCAUUGGGAUUAUUGGCACGUUUGGAAAUCUUUUAGUCAUGUAUACAUUUUACAGAGAUGUGAAAUUGAGGACACCAGCAAACCUCUUUAUACUAAGCAGGACCAUCUGUGACUUCUUGAUGUCAGUGACUCAGGCACCCAUCUUCUUUGUCAACAGCCUCUAUAAAGAAUGGAUUCUAGGAGACUUGGUGUGCAAGGUCUAUGCAUUUUGUGGAGCUUUGUUUGGAAUAACAUCAAUGACAACUUUACUAGCAAUAUCCAUUGACCGCUACAUCGUUAUAACAAAGCCAUUGGAAUCUUUAAGAUGGUCUUCAAAAAAACGUACACUUCAGAUCCUUGUCAUAGUCUGGUUGUAUUCCCUUGGCUGGAGCCUUGCACCUUUGUUGGGAUGGAGUUCUUAUGUGCCUGAAGGGUUGAUGACAUCAUGCACUUGGGAUUAUGUGACUUACUCUGCUGCCAACCGGAGCUACACCAUGGUGUUAUGCUGCUGUGUAUUCUUUGUCCCUUUGCUUAUUAUUUCCUACUGCUAUCUUCUUAUGUUUGCAGCCAUUAGAAAGAGUGGAAGGGACGUUAACAUGCUUGGAACAUAUGGAAAGAAACUUUGCUAUUCACGACACCAGUCAAUGCAAAAUGAGUGGAAAAUGGCAAAAAUAGCUUUUAUUGCCAUCAUAGUAUUUGUACUGUCAUGGUCCCCAUAUGCCUGUAUCACAUUAAUUGCCUGGGCAGGUCAUGCACACAUCUUAACUCCAUAUUCCAAAUCAGUACCAGCUGUUAUAGCAAAAGCAUCUGCCAUCUAUAACCCCAUCAUCUAUGGAAUAACCCAUCCAAAGUUUAGAUCAGCCAUAUGCAAAAGUUUUUCUGUGAUCGUCUCACCAUCAAAGGUACCAAAGCAUGAUGGUGUGUUACAUUCCUUGAGCGAUUCUUCCUUCAGAGAUUCUGUGUCAAGCCGACAAUCUUCCUUUUCUAGAAAUAAAGUUCUUUGUAACCCCUCAACAGUCUGCACAGAUGUAGAAUUUGUCAAACUGGAUACUAAGUUGCGUGCCAUGGAAAUGGCUCUUUUUCAAGAUACCUUUAACAAGAAAAUGAACAAUCAUGUUUCACAGUAAAACCGAGCUCUGCUGCAGUGAGUCGAGGAAAA